CGGGGGUGCGUCCCAACGGUUCCCGCGGCCGUUCGAACUGGACGCCGCUGCGGCUCGCUGGGAGUUAGAGAUGAGCAGAAUGGGGACCUGAGACAUUGAGAUUUGUCUAGGAAAGUCAUUUAAUAGCAGAAGCCAAGUUGUGGAAAUAAAGCGGGAAAGGCAUAGAAGCAGUUUGGCUAAGAUUACAAAGCAUCUCAUUUCAUUUCUUGACACACAAUUUUUCCCACUAAGAAAUGGAAUCUAGUUCAUCAGACUACUAUAAUAAAGACAAUGAAGAAGAAAGCUUGCUUGCAAAUGUUGCUUCAUUAAGACAUGAGCUAAAGAUAACAGAGUGGAGUUUGCAGAAUUUAGGGGAAGAGUUAUCCAGUGUUAGUCCAAGUGAAAAUUCUGAUUAUGUCUCUAAUCCCUCAAGAUCAGAAAAGUUUAUUUUGGAAGAUCUUACACAGCCUUACCACUUGAGACUUUUGAAUUACCCAUCAUAUAAGAAAGUUUGUAAACCACCUAGUAGUACUCCUGAUUUUCAAAAGAAGCCAAAAGAUAAGGUGUCUUUUUCAUCUUCUGCUUCUAUGGAUCAAGAGAUAAAGAGCCUUCGAGAGAAACUUAAUAAACUUAGGCAACAUAAUGCUUGUCUAGUCACACAGAAUCAUUCUUUAAUGACUAAAAUAGAAUCUGUCCACUUUGAAUUAACACAGUCAAAAGCAAAAAUGUCUGUGCUUGAGUCUGCUCAACAACAGGCAGCCAACAUCCCAAUCUUAGAAGAACAGAUUAUAAAUUUGGAAGCAGAAGUUUCAGCUCAAGAUAAAGUUUUGAGAGAGGCAGAAAAUAAAUUAGAGCAGAGCCAGAAAAUGGUGAUUGAAAAGGAACAAAGUUUGCAAGAGGCCAAGGAGGAAUGUAUAAAAUUGAAGGUGGACUUACUUGAACAAAGCAAACAAGGAAAAAGAGCUGAGAGACAAAGGAAUGAAGCACUGUGUAAUGCUGAAGAGCUGAGUAAAGCCUUCCAACAAUAUAAAGAAAAAGUGGCUGAAAAAUUGGAAAAGGUUCAAGCUGAAGAAGAAAUACUAGAGAAAAAUCUUAACACCUGUGAAAAAGAAAAUAGAAGGCUACAAGAAAAGUGUAGUCUUUACAAAAGUGAACUUGAUAUUCUGAAAGAGAAAUUAAGACAUUUAAAAGAAGAAAAUAACAAUGGAAAAGAAAAAAUAAGGAUUAUGGCAAUGAAAAAUUCAGAAGUCAUGUCACAGUUAACUGAAUCUAGACAGAGUAUCAUGAAGCUAGAGAGUGAGUUAGAGGACAAGGCUGAAAUACUGAGAGAAAAAAAUUCUCUAAUGAAUGAAAAUCGAGAAUUGAAGGUCCGGGUUGCAGCACAGAAUGAACGACUAGAUUUGUGUCAGCAGGAAAUUGAUAGUUCAAGAGCAGAACUGAGAAGUUUAGAAAAAGUGAUAUCUCAGUUGCCACUAAAAAGAGACAUGUUUGGUUUUAAGUCAUCUAUUUCUAAGCACCACAGUUGCUUGUCACGCAAGGAGGAGAACUGCAUUGGCUGCUGUGAGGCAAAUAAAUUGAUGAUUUCUGAAUUGAGGAUUAAGCUUGCAAUAAAAGAAGCAGAAAUUCAAAAGCUUCAUGCAAAUCUGACUGCUCAGUUAUCUCAGAAUCUUAUUGUUUGUAAUGAUAGCCAAGAAAGUGGCAAAGCAAAUAUUUUGGAAACAGAACCUGUAAAACUAGGUGGUAGUCAAGUAGAAAGUAUAAAAGAUCGAAAUCAACAUACUGUGAAUAAGCAGUAUGAAAGAGAGAGGCAAAGACUGGCUACUGGAAUAGAAGAACUCCGUGCUAAGCUGACGCAAAUAGAAGCUGAGAAUUCUGAUUUGAAGGCCAAUAUGGCUCACAGAACUAGUCAGUUUCAGCUGAUUCAAGAGGAGCUGCUAGAGAAAGCUUCCAACUCUAGCAAACUCGAAAAUGAAAUGACAAAGAAAUGUUCUCAACUUUUAACUCUAGAGAAACAACUGGAAGAGAAAAUAGUUGCAUAUUCUUCUGUUGCUGCAAAAAAUGCAGAGCUUGAACAGGAGCUUAUGGAAAAAAAUGAAAAGAUAAGAAGUCUAGAAACCAAUAUCAAUACAGAACAUGAGAAAAUUUGUUUAGCCUUUGAAAAAGCAAAGAAAAUUCACCUUGAGCAGCAUAAAGAAAUGGAAAAACAGAUUGAACGACUUGAAGCUCAGCUAGAGAAAAAAGACCAACAAUUUAAUGAACAAGAAAAGACUAUGUCUAUGCUGCAACAAGAUAUAAUAUGUAAACAACAUCAUCUUGAAUCACUGGAUAGACUUUUGACAGAAAGCAAAGUGGAAAUGGAAAAGGAAAAUAUGAAGAAAGACGAAGCCCUGAGAGCAUUGCAGAACCAAGUGUCAGAAGAAACAAUCAAGGUCAGACAACUGGAUUCAGCAUUAGAAAUUUGUAAGGAAGAACUUGCUUUGCAUUUGAAUCAAUUAGAAGGAAACAAGGAAAAGUUUGAAAAACAGCUAAAGAAGAAAUCUGAAGAGGUAUAUUGUUUGCAGAAAGAGCUAAAAAUAAGAAGUCAUAGUCUUCAAGAGACUACUGAGCAAAAUGCCGUUCUACAGCAUACUCUUCAGCAACAGCAGCAGAUGUUACAGCAAGAGACAAUCAGAAAUGGAGAGCUAGAAGAUAUUCAAACUAAACUUGAAAAACAGGUAUCGAAACAGGAGCAAGAGCUUCAAAAACAAAGGGAAAGUUCAGCUGAAAAGUUGAGGAAAAUGGAAGAGAAAUAUGAAGCAGCUAUACAUGAUACAGAUUUAAAAAGGCAAAAAAUUGUUGAGUUAACUGGUGCUGCCAGACAGGUGAAACUGGAGAUGGAUCAGUACAAAGAAGAGCUGUCUAAAAUGGAAAAAGAAAUAUUGCACCUAAAACGUGAUGGGGAAAAUAAGUCAAUCCGUCUCUCUCAAUUAGACAUGAUUUUAGAUCAGACAAGGACAGAACUAGAAAAGAAAACAAGUGCUGUGAAGGAGCUAGAAAAGUUACAGCACCACACUGAAACAGAGCUAACAGAAACUUUGCAGAAACGAGAAGCUCUGGAGACUGAACUACAGAAUGCUCAUGGAGAAUUAAAGAGUACUUUACGACAACUACAGGAACUGAGAGAUGUUCUACAGAAGGCUCAGUCUUCAUUAGAGGAAAAAUAUACUACUAUAAAAGAUCUCACAGCUGAACUUAGAGAUUGCAAGAUGGACAUUGAAGACAAAAGGCAAGAACUCAUUGAACUGGAUCAGGCACUUAAGGAGAGAAAUUGGGAGCUAAAGCAAAGAGCAGCUCAGGUUACGCAUUUGGAUAUGACCAUUCGUGAACAUAGAGGGGAAAUGGAACAAAAAAUAAUUAAAUUAGAAGGCACACUAGAGAAAUCAGAAUUGGAACUUAAAGAAUGCAACAAGCAGAUAGAAGGUUUAAAUGAAAAAUUGCAGAAUGCCAAAGAACAGAUUCGAGAAAAAGAGUUUAUAAUGCUACAAAAUGAGCAGGAGAUAAGUCAACUGAAAAAGGAAAAUGAAAGAACACAACAAAGGAUGAAAGAAAUGGAAACUGUUAUGAAGGACCAAGAACAGUACAUUGCCACUCAAUACAAGGAGGCCAUAGAUUUGGGGCAAGAAUUGAGGCUAGCCCAGGAGCAAAUGCAGAACUCUCAAUCAGAACUGGUGGAGGCUCGCCGUCAGCACGUCCAAGCACAGAGAGAAAUAGAAAGGCUUUCUAGUGAGCUGGAGGACAUGAAACAACUCUCCAAAGAGAAAGAAGCACAUGGAAAUCAUUUGGCUGAAGAACUGGGGGCUUCUCAAGUACGUGAAGCUCAUUUAGAAGCAAGAAUGCAAGCAGAAAUCAAGAAGUUGUCUGCAGAAGUAGACUCUCUCAAAGAAGCUUAUCAUCUGGAGAUGAUUUCACAUCAGGAGAACCAUGCAAAGUGGAAGAUUUCUGCCGACUCUCAAAAGACUUCUGUUCAGCAGCUAAAUGAACAACUAGAGAAGGCAAAACUGGAAUUAGAAGAAGCUCAGGACACUGUAAGCAAUUUACAUCAGCAAGUUCAAGACAGGAAUGAAGUCAUUGAAGCUACAAAUGAAGCACUCCUUAUUAAAGAAUCAGAAUUAACCAGAUUGCAAGCCAAGAUUUCUGGACAUGAAAAGAUAGAUGACAUCAAGUUUCUACCACCUCCAUUUACAUCUCCAACAGAAAUUAUGCCUGAUAUUCAAGAUCCAAAGUUUGCCAAACAUUCUCAGACAUCUUUUUUCAAGUGCAGAAAACUGCGUCGCUCUAUAAGUGCUAGUGACCUUAGUUUCAAAAGUCAUGGUAAUGAAGAUCUUUCUGAAGAACUGCUGCAAGACUUAAAGAAAAUGCAAUUAGAACAACCUUCAGCACUAGAAGAAAGUCAUAAAGAUCUAACCUUUUCUCAAGCAGACCCAUUUAAACCUCUUGCAUAUAACGCAGAAGAUGACAGUUCUGAGAAUAAUGAUUUUAGUACUCUUAGUGGAAUGCUAAGAUACAUAAAUAAAGAAGUGAGGCUUCUAAAAAGGUCUUCCAUGCAACCAGGUGCUAGUUUAACUCAGGGAGAAAACUUGUAAUUAAAGAAGAUAUCGAUGUGAUGAAAAAUUAAAUUGUUGGUACUGUGCUAUUUAUAAUAUAUAUUACAUACAUGAUAGAAGCUGUUAUGUUACUGUUUUUUAAUAAAGUUUAUAUUUUAUAUUUUUAAA